UCGAGCCGUUUUCUUCACCUCUUAACCUUUUUUAUUUCCCUUUUAUCGUCAGCUGACGUUUCAUGCUUCUGUAACUCCCCGUCGUGCCCGCAAGCUUUGUGUAAAUCAAGUCAGCAGUGUUUCAGCAAACUAGUGAAGGCUAAUGGGAACGUUUCUACUAGUGUUUCGUACGGCUGUAUUGAGACACUAGAUCCCAGUCUCUCGUGUUUGAACUCAUCGUUAAUGAUAUGCUGUGAGAAGGAUCUGUGUAACAUGCCAAACAUGUUAAGAGGUAAGCGUUAACAAUACUUAUAAGCUCAUCUUGAAGCUCUAAGGAAUAAAACUCCUGAUGUUUGAGUUUCACGUCUUUUCCCUUCAAGUUACUUCAGAACUCGUUACAUCGAGCGAAUGUUCAUGAAAUAGCACGCAAUUAACAAUAUAUCCGCGAUAAGAAAAACUUCCAAACAGCCGCUGUUAUAACUAGACAGGAGCCCAUUACCCGGAACUUCCAUCUUCCAUACCCUCUGAGUCAACCCUGUCCCGUAUCUUUUUAUUUUUAGAAGCACCUCCCACGGGGGUUUUUCGCGGGUGUUUACAUAAUAGCCAAUUAUAACAGAGCUGUGGUCCUCUAUUGUUUACGUCAAAUGCAGGGCGCACGAAAGUAUUCCAAUUAUGGGAAUGUCUGCAUGUUUUCGCAGGAAAUUAAAGAACCCCCCACACAUAACUCAGUUCUAAAACUAAAAGGAUGCGGGACGGGGUUGAGUCAAGGGUACAAUUGGUAUGGACGCUCCGGGUAAUGGGCUCCUGACGUAGAAAAUUCGGAGUCACAUACGUGACGUGACCUGAAAGGCGGGAAACUAUCAAACAGAGAAUCCAGCUAGCAAAAGCUGCAGCAAAAGAUUUAAUAUUUCGAACGGUUCUAUUAAAAUUAUAGAAAAGAAGUCCCACUUCUAAAAUUGGAUCAUGCUAUAAGCGUCACAGUCACGUAAGACAACGUAAUUCAGUUAUGUGUGGGUUACACAUAACCCACAAUUUCUUUUCGCCCACUUGAUUUUCAAAACAUGACUCUUGCAAAUUUGAAACAAAAAAUUUAACUUUCUAUAGGUACAGGCCUACAACAAGUCGUAAAGCUGGCUACGCCACAGUUUUAACCUUUUAACUCCUCGACCAACUUUGUAAUUCUCCUUAGUGUCAAUCAUACGAUUCUUAUAAUGUUAGUUCAGAGUACAUUUUGAAAUUUUCUUUGUUUCUCUAAUACUCCCAGAAAUAACAAAAACUCUUCAAAACAGGGGCAACAUGGACACCGGGGAGCAUGCGUCUAGCGACGACGAAGAAGUCGCUGGGCCUGUCUCCGACAAAUGUACGGACAAAUGUACGGACAAAUGUACGGACAAAUGUACGGACAAAUGUACUGACAAAUGUACGGACAAAUGUACGGAAUCAACGCCUGCAAUGCAAGUGGCCAGCGUAGUUGCACCAAGUGUGUUAAUUCUGACCGUGGUUCUCUUAUCAUUGGGGAUUUUUUAUAAAAUGGCGCGCUAUCAGAAGAUCCGCACCAGUCAGUUAAAGAAAAGUGUUAAACACAAGGCUUCAAGAGACGGAUUAAUUAAUAAAGUACGAGAGUUAAAAGGUUGUGGUUUGUUGGUGGGGUCGAGCGUACCGGAAGUCUUUCAGACGAAAACUGUGAUCAGCAGGAGCUGUUCUGAAAAUGAUUAUCGUGUAUUAAUUUCCAGUCCUCACAACGUGUGA